UUCUGUGGAACGGUGGGAGCCAUUCGAGACCCGGCGGGGCGAGGAGCCGGAGGGCGAGCCGAGCGGGGAAGGGCGGGUCCGACCGAGGCCCGCUGCGGGCUGCUGUGCGCUCUGGGGGCGGUGGCAGGAUCUCAAGGCCCAGCCCUGUCAGAAACAACAUGGUGUCGUGCAUCAUUUCCCGACUCGUUGUGUUGGUCUUUGGAAUGCUGUAUCCUGCUUAUUAUUCCUACAAAGCUGUAAAAACAAAAAAUGUCAAGGAAUAUGUGCGGUGGAUGAUGUAUUGGAUUGUGUUUGCUCUUUAUACGUUUACUGAAACAUUAACUGACCUCUUGAUCUCUUGGUUUCCACUAUAUUAUGAACUCAAGAUUGCUUUUGUUAUUUGGUUGCUGUCUCCAUAUACAAGAGGGGCAAGUUUAAUAUACAGGAAGUUUCUUCAUCCUCUCCUUUCUUCAAAAGAAAGGGAAAUUGAUGAGUACAUUGUGCAAGCUAAAGAACGUGGUUAUGAAACAAUGGUGAACUUUGGUAAACAAGGCUUAAACUUAGCGGCCACUGCUGCAGUGACUGCAGCUGUAAAGGGUCAAGGAGCAAUAACAGAGAAGCUGCGGAGUUUCAGCAUGCAUGACCUCACAGCAAUACCAGAUGAUGAGCCAAUAGGACAAAGGCACUAUCAGACUUUGCCUGGUACCAAAAAGAAAAGCAAGGGCUCGAUUCCCAAUGAACCUUUAGGUUAUGGUAUUCCAGUAAAAAAGGAUUCUGAAGAUGAUAAAACAGAUGAAGAGAGGGAAGGGACGUAUUCAGAAGAUGAGAUGUUUGCUCAGAGAGGUCUCCGUCGAACACAAAGCAUGAAAUCGGUAAAAACGAUAAAAGGACGCAAAGAGGUGCGAUACGGCUCACUAAAAUACAAAGUGAAGAGAAGGCCACAAGUAUACUUCUAAUCGACACAAUGGCACUAAAAGCAAACAUCUGUACUAAUCGUUUUCUGCAGGCCUGCUGUGUGCGCCCUCUUCCCAUUCCUGAGAAACAGCUGGCAUUUAUGGAUUCCUAUUCUCAAUGCAGAGCUUUAUUUCCAGCCACACAAGAGAAAGGAAAAGACCGCCUGGAUGCAUAUUAUGCUUUGGUUUCACAACUACCAAAAAUUAAAUUAUUAUUAUUUUUCUUUUGAGAGAGGAAUGUAUUUAGCCAAUUUUUAACUAAAUGAAACUUUUGUGAAUCUGAAUAGCUCUUUAGAUUUCUGUGCUUCAUGAAUGAAAUAAUUUCAUGACAGAUUCUUAAUUGCGGCUUCAGCAGCUGAGUGUUUUACAUGUUAGCUGAUGGCCAGCGCUUAAUAAAAAUGACACAUCUGUAUAAUUUCUGUACCAUAUUGGGCAUGUUGUGGUUGAAAGAUAUUGUAUUUUUAAAUUCCUGCAGCGGUCCAAAGUCGAGAGCAUGAAAAAUGGAAGAACACGGGCAUAUUUUGGAAGCAAUCCUCUGAAUGGUUUGGAUCCAAAGAGUCGUUUAAGGUCAUGGAAGCAGGUUGCACCAUCUCAUAAAACCAGCCAUUUUCAUUUCAUUGAGAAAUUCCUAUCAAUGCCCUGUAGCAUGAAGACACUGUUAAGUUUGUUUGUUUCUGUGCGGCUUUUGUAUUGUUUGCAGCAAUGGUUUGAGUUAGCUUGUGCAUUUAGCAUAGCUGAUGAUGAAAAUCAUAGUUGUCUGUUUCUGUACACUCAGCAAUUUAUCUUCCUUCCUUUCUUCCAUCCAUCCAUCCAUCCAGCUUCUGCACCCGUAGAACUGCUAUCCAGAUUUUCAUGCAAAGACAGCAUUCCUUGUAGAUGCCAAGAAUUCAAGCUUUGAAACUUCUGUAUGCAAAAUAUUGUUCUACUAAUUAUCUUUUUUUAUCAACUACUCCUUAUGAGUGUACUGAAACAAGUUAAAGGAUUUCGAAACUGAAUUCAGUUUGUAUAUUAUAUGUAAAAAGGAAUAGGAAUAUGUUGGAUAGAAAAAAAAAUCAGAUUCUGCAGUCAAAUAUAUUUUAUCAUGUAUUGCACAAAUUUAAUAUGAAAGCUAACAUCUAACCAGCACUUUUGAAAAAAAGAUAUUUUUCAAAAAACAAAACAAAACAGAAUUUUGUAGGUGUUUUCAGAAAUCUUACACGUUUGUGUGUGUUUUUAAGUGUUGUUUGGGUGACUUGUUUAUCUACAACAGAGCCAAAGGGUUCUUAUUUGGGCUGUGCUUAGAUGUGUAAGGGAUAGACAAAAACUAGAGUACUUUAGUUGUUUGAUUAGUAGGCUAGGCAAAACCCUACUCUGUACAGAUGACAUUGACUGCUUACUUCAUCCUUUUCUCACAGCAAAAUCUGGAAUUCUUUUAAAGCCAUGCAUGUAUUUAAAAGGUCUGCUUUGGAAGUGGUAGUUUGGAAAACAUGGCUCUUUCCUAGUUUCUUGAAAGAUGACUUGCCGUUGCUGGUCAAGAAAGUCUUCCUACCUUUUGGGAUAACAUGCUUUAGUAUUGCAUCUGGAUGUAAAAAAUCAUGUCAAGUGCUUUUUAAAUAGUAUUUAACAAUUAAUGAAAUGAGGUUGAUAGUUUUCGGCUUAUCGUAGCUAUAAAUCCUAGCAACAUUUUAAAAAGAAUACUUGAAAAAAGUGGAUUUUUUCCCCCACCUGAAACUAGGCUUUAAGCAAAGGUGAGUAAAUCCCAAAGGAAGAUGAAGUUUUUGGCUUAAGAAGAAACUUGCAAAAAAAAUAAUCAGGCAAAACAGAUAGUGUCUCUGGAGAAGAGCUAACAAUUCAGUGUGGAAUCGUGGAGGUCUAGCCAAUAUAAGUAAGUAAAUUAUCGUUUCGAUAUUAUUUUGGGCAUCAGAAAUAGAUUUUAUCUCGGAAAGAGAGCCUGCUUUUACAUUUCAUUGUAUUUAUUCGUGUUAUGUUGAGUACAGGAAGAAUAGAAUGUGAUUAAAAGGCAUACAAUAUGUCCUAGCAUUUACCUUUCACAGGUUUUCCCUGAAUCUAGACCUUUGAUUGGUAAACUUUGUAUUAAGUAAGAAAGAGAGCAUUCAUCUUAAUUUCAUGUUUCCUUUAAGGACGUUUGUCACUUUAUAUAGAAAAGCUCACAGUACUAAUUCAGCCCAAUAGUUGUCCUAACUUGCCUCUUCCACCAGAUCAGACCAGAUUUAAACACUUAUUAAGUUGGCAUUUUAGGCUUUAAAAAUAUAUAUAUCAAGGUCUUGUCAAAUAAAUUUGAUUUGGCAGUGAAAAAAGGUGGGUUUAUUGGCUACUUUUAAAUUCUUGCUAUCCAUGUUAUUGUAGAAUAUACUUCAGAAGCUUCAGGGAAUAGUGUUUCCUCUCUAGAAGCCAGAGAGGCAUAGCUGGCUGAUAUUGUCAGGGCUAUGUUUUGUGAGCAGUUUGCAUUUCCUUGUGAUGUGUUACAAGCUGGAACUUUGCUACUCCAUCCAUUUUUUUAAAAUAGUCCUGUUUCUGUGGGUGUGGGUGAGUUUUAAAUGCUGCAGUAGUUUCUUUAAAUUUCAGUCUUAAAUGACAAGGUAAAGUAAGAUAAUUAUUCACUCCUUAACAGCCUUCCCUUAAGAACUGAAAAUGGAGCAGAGAGAAUGCCAUGUGUGGCCUACAGAUUGCUCACCUUUCAUACAUCUGGUGUUGCCAGAGUAGUAGGUACUUAUGUUUCUGUCUCUAGUGCUGAGAAGUCCUAGCCUGCAUAGCCAAUAUUCAGGGAUAGUGAGAAUUGCAACUCCAAACAUCUGGAAUUCACUCAGGACUCAUUUUUGCACUCUUCCCCUCCCUCCAAAAAAAGGUAAUGUAUAAAGUAGAAACCUUUCUAAUAUCGGUGUACCUUAAGGAAAUCUCUCGCUCUAUAAAUUCCCACAGCGUAGGCUAUUGAUGGCGAACCUUUUCGGCACCGAGUGCCCAAACUGGAACGUGCAUGCUGCAGCCCUGGAAACUCGAAGAACAGCUGGCCGGUGCGCAUGUGCUGAAGCUCCAGAAACCUGAAGACCAGGUGGCUGGCAUGCGCAUGAGCACCGGCCAGCUGGUCUUUGGGUUUCCAGCACGCACAAAGGCCAGCUGGCUGGCACGCAUACGCACACCGGAAACCAAAAGAGCAGCUGGUGACGGUGUGCAUGCCCACAGAGAGGGCUCUGCGUGCCACUUCUGGCACAAGCGCCAUAGGUUAGCCAUCAUGGGCAUAGGCAUUAAGGCAUCAAAAGACUUAGGAGUUGUUCCCAUGAAACUACAAGUAGAAUAUUCAAAAUAGAUAUAUGUCACUGAGCUAAAUACCAUCUAAUCUAUUUUUAGCAUCAUGGCAAGAUAAAUUCUAAAAUAUAAUGUAAUGGUUAUACCAUACCGAUUUACCUGCUUUAACCAAGAUACAGGGCUUCACUAGGUCAAUGUAUUAGCAAGUGUUAUGCAAAAAAUAUACAAAGGGAACAAUGGACUUGCUAUUUAGUAAAUUUUAACAAAUGCAAUUUCAAUAUUUGGAUUCAUAAUUGUAAAGACUAAAGCUAACUUUUCUAUCUGUAAUAACUGACUGUAAACUUGUUUAUGUAUUUGUAGUACUAAGAUAGGUCUUUUUCUAAAAUUUUGUACUGAUACUACUGUAUCUUCAUAAUUGCUAUUUUUGAAGAUGCAAACAAAGGCUUAUAUUUUAAAAAUGUUACUUAAUAAAAUGAGUAUUUUCCAG